GAGGUGGAUACGUCCGUGAAAAGUCGUAAAAUGAAAGGCGUCCGCUAAACAUAGUGAAAAUUUUCCCUUUUGCAAUAUAACUGGGUCCAGUUUUCUUUUCUGCUUCUUAUGUAAAGUGUGAGUGCCCUACGCGAAAAAAGUGAUAAAAAUUCACUAAAUCGCGACUUUUUUAAUAAUGUGUGACGGAAUUUGAUAAGAACAAUCGUUUAGUAAUUAAAUGUGAUGUGUUUUUGCUAUGGAAAUAGUACUAAUUGUGAGAAAAUCGGAGAAACGUGUUACAGUAGGUGGUGUGAAAAAAUGCUGACGAUCGUUCAUUCAGUAGGAUCUAUCCAUAUCAUCUAAACUAAGAACAAUCAUGGCUGAACAACAAAGACAGUCACUGUGCCCUCGUCUUAUCGACUAUUUGGCGAUAGUUGGAGCACGAACGAGUCCCGUGCAACGCGGAGCUAGUGGAAAUGUUAACCAUCCUGUUCAAGUCCCGGAGUUACUUCGCCGAUAUCCACCUUCAGAUCAUAAGGACUUUCCCUUACCUUUGGAUAUGGCAUACUUUUGUCAACCAGAAGGAUGCAUCAGCGUGGGGCCUCGUCGAACAGGCUCAGCAGUUCGUGAUGCAACUUCAUUUGUCUUUGCUCUAACUGAUAAGGAUUCGGGGAAAACUCGAUUCGGGAUUUGUGUGAAUUUCUAUCGUCCCAUUGAGAAACAUGUGCCUGGUGCAAGUGGUGCGCCUCCUGGCGCUAGAGGACGUCGCAGCUCGGCCUUCCGGCGAGAAUCGUGGAGAAAGAGCAUGGAACGUAGUUCUGACUCUGCAUUUAGCAGUUUUGGUGUCCUCAAUAGCUAUGGCAUUUUAACUUCUUCCAGCGACUACAGAAGUAAUAUAGCGCCCAGCGAUUCGGAUCGUGACUGUCCGAGUCGUCGUGAUUCCGAUCCGCCAGGACACUAUCAUCAACAGGGGCAACAAAUGCAACAGCAGCAAGGACAACAAUCCCAAUAUCAACUGCAGCAGCCACCCCGAUUGGGAGUGACAGCACCAAGUGCUGACUCUGAGUCGGGUGGUAGCCAUUCGCCUUCGCCACGUGCCAGAAAAAGGACAAAAAUACGAAAUCAAUCUUUAACGUCUCUUUGUAUAGUUUCUCAUCAUCCCUUCUUCACGACAUUUCGUGAAUGUCUAUUUAUUUUGAAAAAAUUGAUUGAUGCUUGCAAUGAAUCGUCCAGUCCAAGACGUGUGGGUGCUUCAAAGCAAAUAGGAAGGGACAACGUUUGGACUGUGCUUGCAGGACAUGUGACAGAAUCGACCCCGUCAAUAGUAUUACAUGACGUUAAAGAAAUUGAAACUUGGAUUUUACGCUUAUUAUCCGCUCCAGUUCCUGUGCCUGGCUCAACAAGAGUCGAAUUAGAAAUCCUUUCACCGUCGGUCCAUGAACCAUUACUGUUCGCGCUGCCGGAUCAUACGAGAUUUUCUUUAGUUGAUUUCCCAUUACAUUUACCUUUAGAGUUAUUAGGAGUGGAUACAUGCCUUAAAGUUCUUACAUUAAUUCUACUAGAGAAUAAAGUUCUUUUUCAAUCACGUGAUUACAAUGCGUUAUCAAUGUCGGUAAUGGCUUUUGUGACAAUGAUCUAUCCACUGGAGUAUAUGUUCCCAGUUAUUCCAUUGCUACCAACAUGCAUGAACUGUGCUGAACAAUUGCUCCUGGCACCAACACCCUUUGUUAUUGGUGCUCCAGCAUCCUUUCUGAUGUACAAGAAAAAUUUCAGGUUGCCAGAUGAUAUUUGGUUGGUAGAUUUGGAUUCGAGUAAAUUAACAGCACCAAGUGGAGGUGCUGAGGAGAUUCCUGUAUUGCCUGAGCCCGAAGGAACCAUCCUAAAAAAUCAUUUGAAGCAGGCUCUCAGUUCGAUGUCAGCAAGUAACACAGCUGCUUCACAACAACAACUCAUGCCGUCUAUAAGGGAUAGCCUUCAGCAACCUCCUGUGCUCAACGUGUCAUCAUCGAAGCUUCCGCUUCAGGAUCCACACUCGCCACACAGCCAACGGAACUCGUUUUCAAUGCAGGGUGUUAACCUAUCCCGGCAGCCCAGUCCGGUUGCUCCACCUCCUGUUAAUCCGUUCAUCUAUGGAAGUGAUAUUGACUCAGUUGAUGUUGCGACACGAGUUGCAAUGGUCCGUUUCUUCAACUCACAAAAUACACUAGCGAAUUUCACCGAACACACACGAACUCUUAGACUAUAUCCUAGACCUGUAGUUGCUUUUCAAAUCAACAGUUUCCUAAGAUCACGUCCACGUGCCUCCAACUUUCUAAAUAAAUUUGCCCGAACUCAAGCUGUUGAGUUCUUAGCGGAAUGGUCUUUGACGCCGACAAAUGUUGCCUUUUUGAGAAUACAAACUGGCGUUUUAGAUCCAAUACAAAUAGGGGAUAAAUCCAAAUGGUUUGCCCAUACCUUGACACCAAUACGAUUUUCUGUGUGGGAUGAUGGCAGCUCAAUGAAUGGUGCAUUGCGCCUGCUGCAACAAAUGGAUCGACAGGCUACAGAUGAAAGUGGCUCGGAUUCAGAAGGUGGUGAAAGCACUAGUUCGUCGUAUUCAUCCUUGAGUGAUUUUGUUUCGGAAAUGGUAUCAUCCGACCUAUCGCCCUCAAUACAUGACGUGUUUGGAGCGCACUACCAUCAUAAUGUUCCGCAGACAAUGUCCUCAAAUUUGGAUCCGAAGUUAGUCUAUCAUCCACCAACCAAUUUACAAUUCCCAGAAGGAGUAGUACCGUCUUCCAAAGAAGAAGUGGAACGAGCCGAUUCGCCACAGUCCACUUCUUCAAGCCGUUCAGAUUUAAGUUCUCCUAGUUUCAAUCGUGAUUCUGAAUUCGAAUAUCCACCAAAAGAUAAACUUGCACAUCCGCAAGCAACUCAUGCAGAAAAGGACAUCAGUCGUGACACUAUUGGCGCGACGAUACCAGCUCCAACGACAGCAAGUAGUUUUGAAAACGAGUCUGAUUCCAAUUCAACGACAACUGCAAAAACCGUGGUUUCUGGUCAAACCUCCGCCGAGGCGAAAGGAAAAACCACGGGUCCGCCUCUGAGUCCAGGAUUAGUUCGCCAGCCAAGCGUUGGAAACGUAUUAGCCCGAACAACUAGUUCAGGUUCAAGCACAGGAAGUCCUACCAUUCAACAUUCCGGGUCUGGUACGCAGCGGCAAGGAUCGCAGAGUUCACUCUUUGAACAUUUUGCAUCACAUGCCAAGGAACUUGUUCGCGAAACUACUCGCCAAAGCAGUCAGGAUGGGCUUUUGGCUCAGGUUGACAAGAUAAAAGAUCAAACAGUUGGGAAAAUUGUUGAAGAAGAGGGAAAAUUCAUAGCGCCUUUUGAACAGCUCACAUUACAUGCCAAGAAGGCUGCAGAGGAAGCAUCAAAACAGGCUUUGGAAGUUUCGAAACAGGCAGCUGGUGUCAGUAAAAAUACUCUUGAAGACCUCACGUAUGUAGGGAAAUCGACAUUAGGCGAUCUAAGUAGUAAAGCCAAAGAAGCAGCCACUAAGAAAGGUCUGAUGAAGCAUGGCGAUCACCAGUAUCCAGCUGCUCCAGCAACAACAUUAGUAUCUCAGAAGCAGAGUGGCAUCAUUCAAGGCACUGGAAGAGAUUUUUUUUCGUCCAUUGGCACUGAUUUGAAUGGAAUCGCGUCAUCUACAUCAACCAUGUUCUCAGAUCUGUUUGGAGGAAAAAAUAAACAACAAAGAACACAGCAACCAGUUGGCAAUGCUCCCAAACAACAAGGAAAAACUGGUCUUUCGUUUGAUCCUUUCCCAGGGCGUAAAGGAUUGGUUGAACGUACUCCAUUGAUUAAGCACACAGGACCGAAGCAGACUCAGGAAGAGAUUCAAAGGCAGCAGAAUCAGGAACGAUCGCACAGUAAUUCGGAAAAUCAAGCUUUCUUGAAGGACCUUAUUAAUCAAGUGCUAGCCGGGGAAGGUGUUGGUUGGCUCAAGUUGAACAGGCUUAGGAAACUCAUGGAAGAUGAAUCGUAUAGGAUGUUAGUUCUUGGCAAAUUAAAUAAAACUUUGGACAAAAAGAUUGCUCCGGAUGAUCAUAUAGACGAUGUUUGCAUUCCCAAACCCGUAUGGAAAGGAAUCCUGAAAUGUCUGCAGGCCACCGCGUCCGGUCUUGAUCAUACCUACUCAAAUUUUGGCUUAGGUGGGAUGGCGUCUGUUUUUCAAAUGAUGGAAAUUGCUCACACUCAUUUUUGGAGUCGCGAAAUGAUGGAAUCUACCGACAUGUCAGCCAGCCUUUUAUCAAGUCAAACUGCUAGUCCAACUGGGAGUCGAGAAAACUUACGAUCACCGCAAAGCCCGAAUGAAGUAAUGACGACAAGUUGCGUCGACUGGGGUUCAGCUGGUCAUCAUGGUACCUCUACAAAUUUACGUAAAGGAUCGUUGAGUGUGGAAAAGUCGGCAGUACAAAGAAGGUCAUCGGCAACUGCUGAAACACAUGAUACACAACAAUCGACAACUGAAAUGUUUAAGGAUAUGUUAACGCAGAAACGAAACAUGUUACUGAGCAAGCUGACAUCCUUUGAUUCUGAAGGAACUGUGCAUGGUUCAUCUGGUGCUCUAUCAGUCGCUAGUGAUGUUCCACCAGCACAUCACAGCGGUCCUCUCAUACCGUCGAUAAGUUGUCGAUCUACAGUUUCUGAUACGGAAUAUGAAAACCUGAAUACUAAAGAUACAAAGGCUCGAAGUGGAAGUUUGUGGUCUGGGAAAUCAGCUUUGAGUGCAGGUUUCCGAUACACUGGUGGACAUCUUAUUACCACGUCAACUUCACCUUCACCAGAUUCGCCUAGAGUGUACCUGUUUGAAGGUCUUCUGGGUAAGGAUCGUUUAAUGUUGUGGGAUCAAAUGCAGUUUUGGGAAGAUGCUUUCUUGGACGCUGUAAGCCAGGAGCGAGAUAUGAUAGGAAUGGAUCAAGGUCCUGGUGAAAUGAUGGAGCGGUACAAAUCCUUGAGUGACUCAGAACGAAAACGCUUAGAGCAUGACGAAGAUAGACUUCUUUCAACAAUGCUGUUCAACCUAACAGCUAUUUUGGUGAUGUUGAAUGUUAAUAAGGAAGAAAUUAAACGCAAAGUACGAAGACUGCUAGGCAAAAGCCACAUAGGUUUAGUUUAUUCUCAGGAAGUACAUCAUUUAGUUGACCAAAUACAUAAUUUGAAUGGUAACGAUAUUGACCUGAAACCCCUUGGAUCACGCCUUCUCCAUAGGCAAAGUUUCAGCGUUCACCAAGGGGUUGACGGAACUAGUCCAUUGCGAUUCCUUGAAGUGCGUGAUGAUGGUUUGGUUUUGCGAUCAGUGAAUGGAACAAUAGUUGAACGUUGGUGGUUCGAACGCUUAGUUAAUAUGACAUACUCACCAAAAACAAAAGUUUUGUGCUUGUGGCGGAAAAAUGGUGGUCAGACUCAACUACAUAAAUAUUACACAAGAAAGUGCAAAGAAUUGUAUAAUUGUAUAAAAGAGGCUAUGGAACGUAGUGGUAUGCCUGCGAAUGUACCUGAAUUAGGAGGAGAAUUUCCAGUUCAAGACAUGAACACCGGUGAAGGUGGCUUACUUCAAGUUUGUCUCGAAGGAGUUGGUUUGUUGUUUGCCAAUAGCAAGGACUUUGAGUUUUUCGUUCGGUUGGAUCAUAUACGGAAAUGUUUCACGCAGAAAGGAGGGAUUUUCGUGUUGGAAGAAUACAAUCCGAAGACGAGGCAGCUAAUUCAACGAAAAUAUAAAUCAACAAUGGCGGAUCAGAUAUGUUAUUCUGUGUUAUGCGUAUUCUCCUAUGUUGCGGCUGGGCAAGAUAAGAAAGGUGCCCAUGGAGCAGCGAGCCAUCACACGUCGCAUAGCCAGAAGACAAACAUGCCAUCGCAUUCCAUUCCGACCGUAAAACCUCAUAAUGUUCAACCAACUACAAAACAACCGACUCAACCGCUACCACAACAACAACAGACGAAAUUACAAACUGUGACGGUCAAGCAUACCUUCCAUCCACAGACUCCAACUAUCACCACCACCACUGUUCAGCCUCAAACGAAAGUAUCUUCUACAACGACAGCAAUGCAAUCAGGGUCUCAUCCUCACCAUCAGCAGCAUCAACCCCAACAACGUUCACCACAUCUUCCAUCGCGAGCUAGUCUCCAACAAUCUUCAUCAGUAUCAUCGUCAAAUGAACCACCACAUUCCCCAGUGAAAAUACCUCAAAUUCCACCACGCAUACCAUCACAGAGUUCAGUAGAUCAGAAAUCUCGAGGUCCUCCACCUGCAAUCCCGCCGCGAACUGGCACUGGCAUGGUUACAAGGAGUGGUUCAGUGCAAGUUCCACCAUCAGGUGCUUCAUCUUCUGGUACGAUAUCCAAACAGCCCCUUGUCAGGCAGGCGUCCGCUAACUCAAUCCCACCCCAAUUCACUCCACAACCCCCACCGCCAUUUGUUAUUCCACAUAGGCGCAGUUCUUUGAGCAGACAAAGUUCGGUAAGUAGUAAUAAUAGUAGCACAACUGGAAGAAAUGGAGGAGUUGGCUCCUUUGGGCACGGUGCUGCCGGGGGAUCUCCGUCUCAAACGAGGAAACACUGACAACGACACUCCCUUUUUGAAAUGGGUGAGGAUCAUAAGGUUUGCUCGUCCUACUGCUUACCAUGGCUGUAAACCAUGUUUGAUGGUAUCGUAUUUGUAUGAGAAAUUAUAGAAUGAAACCCAGCGCACAGAAAUUAUUGAACUAACUUGGAAAAAAAAACAAUAAUUAUUGCUCUAGGCAGUGUUAAUUUUCUAAAAACACGACUGCAUUGUUUAGAUUCGAUAAAAGCUUUAUCUUGUAACAAAAACCUAGGGAAACUAUUUGAAAGAGGAUCUGCGCUCGUUAGUCUUCUGAAACCGUUCAGAAAUUUUGAUAUAAAAUUAAAAAUUGUGGCGAAAAGUUUUAAUAAUCACACGAUUCAAUAAAUAA